AUGCUGGCCAGGGCUGUGCCCAAGCUGAGUGCCUUGCGGGGAUGCCCGCUCGCCCGUACCGGGGGCUGCCGCCGGCUUGGAGGGGCUGCCACCCCCAUCACACCAGCCCCUCGGCCCUUCAACCAGCUGCCCGGUGACUGGCGGGCCGGCUGGCUCAACCUCUACCGCUUCUGGCAGGAGGGCGGCUUGCAAAACGUCCACCACAUCAUGGCUCGCAAGUUCCAGCAGUUUGGGCCCAUUUACAGGGAGAAGCUGGGUGUCUAUGAGAGUGUGAACAUCAUCAGCCCACGGGACACGGCCACCUUGUUCCAGGCGGAGGGGACGCUGCCGGAGCGCUUCAGCGUGCCACCCUGGGUGGCUUAUCGUGACUAUCGCAACAAGCCCUAUGGUGUACUCCUCAAGACCGGGGAGGCUUGGCGCUCGGACCGCCUGAUGCUGAACAAGGAGGUGCUGUCGCCGCAGGUGGUGGAGGGAUUCGUGCCCCUGCUGAGUGAGGUCGGGGAGGACUUUGUCCGACGGGCACAAGCCCAGGUGAAGAAGAGCGGUCGCGAGCGCUGGACGGCCGACUUCACCCAUGAGCUCUUCCGCUUCGCCCUGGAGUCCGUGUGCCACGUGCUGUACGGGGAGCGGCUGGGGCUGCUGCAGGAUUUCGUGGACCCCGACGCGCAGCACUUCAUCGAUGCCGUGACGCUGAUGUUCCACACCACAUCACCCAUGCUCUACCUGCCGCCCACCCUCCUCCGCCUCCUCAACGUCAAGACGUGGCGGGACCAUGUCCAGGCCUGGGAUGCCAUCUUCUCCCAGGCGGACAAAUGCAUACAGAACGUCUACCGGGACCUGCGGCUGCAGCGCAAAAGCACCAAGGAGUACAUGGGCAUCCUCUGCAGCCUCAUCAUGCAGGACAAACUGCCCUUGGAUGACAUCAAGGCCAGUGUCACCGAGAUGAUGGCAGGCGGGGUGGACACGACCUCCAUGACGCUGCAGUGGGCCAUGUUCGAGCUGGCACGGUCCCCGGGGGUCCAGGAGCAGCUGCGGGCAGAGGUCCUGGCUGCCAAGCAGGAGGCAGCGGGGGACAGGGUGAAGAUGCUGAAAGCCAUUCGGCUGCUUAAAGCUGCCAUCAAGGAGACGCUCAGGCUGCACCCUGUGGCAGUGACCCUGCAGAGGUACACCACCCAAGAAGUCAUCCUCCAGGACUACUGCAUCCCCCCCAAGACGCUGGUGCAGGUGGCUCUCUACGCCAUGGGCCGGGAUCCUGAGCUCUUCCCCAAGCCAGAGCAGUUCAGCCCCCAGCGCUGGCUGGCAGAUGGCCCCAAGUACUUCAAGGGGCUGGGCUUUGGUUUCGGGCCCCGACAGUGCCUGGGGCGCCGGAUCGCGGAGCUGGAGAUGCAGCUCUUCCUCAUGCACAUCCUGGAAAACUUCAAGAUCGAAACCAUGAGAGCAGUGGAAGUGGGGACCAGAUUUGAUCUCAUCCUGAUCCCGGACAAACCCAUCUACCUGACCUUACGGCCGCUUGAGUCCCAGGUGUGAGGAGCCUGAUCCCAAGCGGCUUUGGGGCCCAUCCCCGACAGCCCUGCAGCACUUUCAGCUCCUCGCAGUCAGACUCUGGCCCUGGGGAUGGGAUUUGGGGACGCUCAUGGCCACAGCCUUGGCUGGGUGCAUCCCUGCCUUCACUCCAGCCCGCUCAAGGCUGAGCUUACGCCACGGGGGAGAUAAACUGGAGCAACCCCCACCCUGUUCUCCCCCUUAACCACCGAGGGAGUGCAUAGUUCAGGGGGUGGGUGGGUGCUGCUGCACCCCUCUCACUGCUCUGGCGUCCCUCUGGACCACACUGGUGACCAUGGUCGUGCUCCUCCAGCACCCUCCAGUGUUCUGCUUUGCCUCUGAUUUACUCUGUCAUUUUAUCAUACAAAAAAGCAUU